UGUAUUGAUCACUCCUAGCUCGGCUCAGCCUGCUCCCGGAGCGCAGCGCGGCCAGCGCGCCAGCCCUUGGCAGCUCGGGCACAGUCGGGCUCCCAGAGGAAACUCCUUGGGAGCGCCCUGUCCGGGGUGUCCUCUGCGCUCUGCAGUGUCUUUCUGUCUGCCUGGAAGGAGGAGGAGGAGAAGGAGGAGGAGGAAGAUCAGAAGGAGGAGGAGGUGGAGGAGGAGGAGGAGGACGUCGUCUGGUCCCGGUUGGGAGGUGGAGCAGCGGCAGCAGCAGCCGCCGAGGCAGCCGCCGCCGCCGCCUCCGGAAAGGGAGAGGCAGGAGAGAUCGGGACUUGGAAACCCCAAAGUGUCGGCGACCCUGCACAGCAGGCUUCCUUCCAGCUUCAUGGGCAAAGUGUGGAAACAGCAGAUGUACCCUCAGUACGCCACCUACUAUUACCCCCAGUAUCUGCAAGCCAAGCAGUCUCUGGUCCCAGCGCACCCCAUGGCCCCUCCCAGUCCCAGCACCAGCAGCAGUAACAACAACAGUAGCAGCAGUAGCAACUCAGGAUGGGAUCAGCUGAGCAAGACCAACCUCUACAUCCGAGGCCUGCCCCCCAACACCACUGAUCAAGACCUGGUCAAGCUCUGUCAACCAUAUGGAAAAAUCGUCUCCACGAAGGCAAUUUUGGAUAAGACAACCAACAAGUGCAAAGGUUAUGGUUUUGUUGACUUCGACAGUCCUGCAGCAGCACAGAAAGCUGUCUCUGCCCUGAAGGCUAGUGGAGUCCAAGCUCAGAUGGCAAAGCAACAGGAACAAGAUCCUACCAACCUGUACAUUUCUAACCUGCCGCUGUCCAUGGACGAGCAAGAACUUGAAAACAUGCUCAAGCCCUUCGGACAAGUGAUUUCUACAAGGGUCCUGCGUGAUUCCAGUGGUACCAGCCGUGGUGUUGGUUUUGCCAGGAUGGAAUCAACAGAAAAAUGCGAAGCCGUAAUUGGUCAUUUUAAUGGAAAAUUCAUUAAGACCCCGCCAGGAGUUUCUGCUCCUACAGAACCGUUACUCUGCAAGUUUGCAGACGGAGGACAGAAGAAGAGGCAGAACCCAAACAAGUACAUCCCUAAUGGGCGGCCCUGGCACAGAGAAGGAGAGGUGAGACUUGCUGGAAUGACACUCACGUAUGACCCAACUACGGCUGCUCUCCAUAACGGAUUUUACCCUUCACCAUACAGUAUUGCCACAAACCGAAUGAUCAGUCAAACUUCUCUUACACCCUAUAUUGCAUCUCCUGUGUCUGCCUACCAGGUGGCAAAGGAAACCAGAGAAAGCAAGUAUCGGGGCUCUGCUGUCAAGGUGCAAAGUCCUUCUUGGAUGCAACCUCAACCUUACAUCCUACAGCAUCCUGGUGCCGUGUUAACUCCCUCAAUGGAACACACCAUGUCGCUACAGCCUGCUUCUAUGAUCAGCCCUCUGGCCCAGCAAAUGAGUCACCUGUCACUAGGCAGCACCGGAACAUACAUGCCUGCGACGUCAGCCAUGCAAGGAGCCUAUUUGCCACAGUAUACACACAUGCAGACAGCGGCGGUUCCUGUUGAGGAAGCAAGUAGCCAGCAGCAGGUGGCUGUGGAGGCAUCUAAUGACCAUUCUCCAUAUACCUUUCAACACAAUAAGUAACUGUGAGAUAUACCGAAGGGAGUUCUUACAUGAAGAAGGGUGUGAAGGCUGAACAAUCAUGGAUUUUUCUGAUCAAUUGUGCUUUAGGAAAUUAUUGACAGUUUUGCACAGGUUCUUGAAAACGUUAUUUAUAAUGAAAUCAACUAAAACUAUUUUUGCUAUAAGUUCUAUAAGGUGCAUAAAACCCUUAAAUUCAUCUAGUAGCUGUUCCCCUGAACAGGUUUAUUUUAGUAAAAAACAAAAACAAAACAAAAAAAAACAAAAAAAAUCAAAGAUUUUUAUCAAAUAUAAUGAUGCAAAAAAGAAAAAAAAAAGAGAGAGAGAAAACGAAAACUUCAAUUUUCUGGGUAUGCACAAAGACCACGAAGACUUAUCCAAGUGCAUGACCGGAUUUUUGUGGUUUUGUUCAUUUUGUGUUUAAUUUGUCUUUUUUUUUUUUUUUUUUUUUGGCUGUAUGAAAUGGGCUUUCUGAAGCUCCGAUUGUCUCACACCGCCCAUGGUGUUCUGUGCUUGCGGUGCGUGUGUCGCUGUGACUCGGUGUUGCCCUCGAUGUCUCUCCUUAGCUUUCCAUUUUUCCUUUCGACGUAGUGUGACGUGUCUUAUCCUUUUCUAUGAAUUCCAAUUUGCCUUAACUCUUUUGAUGCUGUAGCUGUUUCAGUAAAGUUAGUUCAAACUGAUGAUGUAGAAUGCUUUGACCAAAUGGGCUGGUCCAGUACGCCUUGUAAAACUGCAGCAUAGGGCUUUUAAAAGGUAGUCAAUAAAAGUUGCUGAAAUUUUGGCUUUUUUAAA